CAUUACUUCCAGGUCGGCCUGUGGAUAGACGCCGGCAGUCGCUACGAGAAUGAGAGAAAUAAUGGCACAGCACAUUUCCUGGAACAUAUGGCAUUUAAGGGCACCAGGAAGCGCUCCCAGCUGGAUCUGGAGUUGGAGAUCGAGAACAUGGGGUCUCACCUGAAUGCCUACACGUCCCGAGAGCAGACUGUGUAUUACGCCAAAGCUUUCUCUAAAGACCUUCCACGAGCUGUGGAGAUCCUGGCUGACAUCAUCCAGAACAGCACUCUGGGUGAGGCAGAGAUCGAGAGGGAGCGAGGGGUGAUCCUCAGAGAGAUGCAGGAAGUGGAGACCAAUCUGCAGGAAGUGGUCUUUGAUUACCUGCACGCUACGGCGUACCAGUCCACAGCUCUGGGCCGGACCAUCCUGGGCCCCACAGAGAACAUCAAGACCAUCAACAGAGGAGACCUGGUGGAGUACAUCACCACUCACUACAAAGGCCCCAGAAUAGUGCUGGCUGCUGCUGGAGGAGUUUCACACGAUGAGCUCAUCGAUUUGGCCAAGUAUCAUUUUGGGAAGCUUCCUGGCAGAUAUAAGGGUGAAGCCCCGGCACUUCCUCAAUGCCACUUCACAGGAAGUGAGAUCCGUGUGCGUGACGACAAGAUGCCUCUGGCUCACAUCGCCAUCGCAGUGGAGGCGGUUGGAUGGUCCCACCCCGACACCAUCCCUCUCAUGGUCGCCAACACACUUAUUGGAAACUGGGACCGCUCGUUUGGUGGAGGUGUGAAUCUGUCCAGCAAACUGGCUCAGAUGGCCUGUCAGGGAAACCUGUGCCACAGCUUCCAGUCCUUCAACACCUGCUACACCGACACAGGCCUGUGGGGGCUCUACAUGGUGUGUGAGCCCGGCACCAUCAACGACAUGAUGCACUUCACUCAGAUGGAAUGGAUGUCCCUGUGCACCAGUGUGACGGAGGCUGAGGUGGCACGGGCCAAAAAUCUGCUCAAGACCAACAUGCUCCUGCAUCUGGACGGAUCCACCCCGAUCUGUGAGGACAUCGGCAGACAGAUGCUGUGCUACAGUCGCAGGAUCCCUCUGCACGAGCUGGAGGCCAGAAUAGAUGCCAUCGAUGCCAACACCAUUAAGGACGUGUGUACCAAAUACAUCUUCAACAAGGCUCCUGCCAUCGCAGCAGUUGGUCCCAUUGAACAGCUGCCAGACUACAACCAGAUCCAGAGUGGGAUGUUCUGGAUGAGAACCUGAACAGACCAGCUUUGGUCCCACAUUACCCAUCAACUGUACAGCAUAUAAACAAACAGUAUUUAAGUCUGUAGCAUUUUUCCUCCUUUAAUUUUUAUUAUAAAAUAAAGACCAACACAAUAAUGUUAAAAUAACAGAUACUA